AUGUCAUACUCGAAAACCUGCAACGAAACUUGUCUGAAGACCUGCCCUGAAACCUGCUCCAUCACCUGCCAUGACACUUGUCUGAAGACCUGCCCUGAAACCUGCUCAAUAAGCUGCCCGGAGACUUGCUCUGAGACCUGGUCCCAGCCCUGCUCCUUCACCUUCCCCGAGACCUGCCCUGAGACCUGUCUGAAGACCUGCUCUGAGACCUGCUCAGACACCUGCUCCAAGCCCUGCUCCUUCACCUUCCCCGAGACCUGUCUGAAGACUUGCUCUGAGACCUGCUCAGACACCUGCUCCCAGCCCUGCUCCUUCACCUUCCCCAAGACCUGCUCUGAGACCUGCUCAGACACCUGCUCCAAUUCCUGCUCCUUCAACUUCCCCAAGACCUGCCCUGAGACCUGUCUGAAGACCUGCUCUGAAACCUACUCAGUCACCUUCCCCAAGACCUGCCCCGAGUCCUACCUGCCCGAGUCCUGUCUGAAGACCUGCUCUGAAACCUACUCAGUCACCUUCCCCAAGACCUGCCCCGAGUCCUGUCUGAAGACUUGCUCUGAGACCUGCUCAGACACCUGCUCCCAGCCCUGCUCCUUCACCUUCCCCAAGACCUGCCCCGAGUCCUGUCUGAAGACUUGCUCUGAGACCUGCUCAGACACCUGCUCCCAGCCCAGCUCCUUCACCUCCCCGAGACCUGUCUGA